AUGGCAAAACCUGCCGAAAAAGCUUUCUAUCGCUUCUUGGUGCUGUUCUUCAACUGCCUGCUCACUUUCGGCUCGUACUUCUGUUUCGACAUCCCGAGUGUACUGCAGGAUCAGUUCCAAGGGAACCUAACAUGUCUCAAUUCGACUGUGACAAAUGCUACAGUGGAGUGUGUAGAGGGCCUGGGGAUGACUCCACAGGAAUAUAACCUGCUGUAUGCCAUCUAUGCCUGGACGAAUGCACUGGUGGUGAUCAUGGCGGGAUUUCUCAUUGACAAGCUGGGAAACCGCUUCGGUGUCUUCCUAUUCUCCUUCUUGACGGUCCUCGGGUCUACCAUCUUUGCCCUGGGGUCUCACUUCAAAGGAACCAAGUACCUGCUGCCUCUCAUGCUGACGGGUCGUCUGCUCUUCGGAUCCGGCAACGGCUCCCUCACCAUUGUCCAGAACCGAAUCACAGCCUUCUGGUUCAAGGGGAAGGAGCUGGCCCUGGCCUUUGGCCUGACCCUGGCUUUCUCCCGCCUUGGCUCGGUUCUCAACUUCUUCUUGACCCAGAGGUUUGAGGCUCAGUUUGGGAUGCAGUGGACACUAUGGGGGGGUACCCUCCUAUGCGUGAUGGGGUUCGUGUCAGCCGUGGUGGUCAGUUCCCUGGACAAGGUUGGCAUGAAGCAGCUGGGCUUGGAUGGGGCCAUCCAGGCAGAAUCUCGCAAAGUGAGGGUGCAGGACCUGCGCCAGCUCUCCCUCAGAUACUGGCUGCUGGUUCUCACCAUCAUGUUCUUCUACAAUGGAAUCUUCCCCUUCAUUGCCGAUGCCAGUAAGUUUAUCCAGGACAAGUACAGCGGGUACAGCCAGAAGGAGGCCGCCUACAUCGCUGGCGCUGUGUACGACAGUUCUCUGGUGCUCUCUGCCACCGUGGGCAUUCUUAUUGACUACGUGGGUCGGCGGGGCGUGUUUGCGUUGGGCUGCGCCGUGCUCACGCUGCCCGUCUUCGCUCUCCUGGCCUUCACCUACGUGCCCCCGCUGGUCUCCACCGUCUGGCUGGGGGUCACCUACUCCUUCGCUGCGUCGAGUAUGUGGCCUUCCAUUCCGCUGAUUGUUCCUCAAGCAACCCUGGGCACAGCGAUGGGUCUGGCCACCUCAGUGCAGAUGAUUGGCAUCGGCCUCUCCAACCUCAUCGUGGGCCAAAUUCUUGGAACCACAUCCAGUGACGCCAAGAUCCCCCUGUGGCGCUGGCAAAGAAUGAUGGUGUUCAUGCUGGCCAACACCGUGAGCUGCAUCGUCACCUCUGUGCUGCUCAACAUCGUCGACCACCGCCAGGGUGGGACGCUAAACAAAACCACCAAGAAAUCUGCGGCGGAGCAGCCCGCAAGCCCCCCUGACAGAGACCCCUUGCUGGAGGGAGAGGAGACACCGGAGGAAGAGGCGUCUGCCGGCUCCCCUUCCAUCAACAACAGCUAGAAACCGGGACAGGUAAAAGGUGGAGAUGGAUGCUAAAGGGAAACCGCGGCUUCACACCCCCACCGUCGUGCCUCCGGAUCCGCAGUCUGCCAGCUGGGCUGGAGACGCCUGUGAACAGUGUCUAAUGUAGCUUGUGCAAUACCGAUCUAAACUACACUUCUGUACAGUUGGGUUUUUAAAAUUUAAACCAUGCAUGCGAGGUGCUGUUAAAAUGACAGGGCUCGUCGUCUGUGAUCACAAAGUAUUAAGAUGAGUUGAGCAGCUGUCAUUAAAAAAUGCGCAGAUGUUCAUUGCUCUGCUGUGCGUCAGUAUACCAGACAACAAAAUGUUGUAUACAUAUGGAACUGAAAUGCUGUUCAAGGAACGCAGGGCAUAAUUUUCAGGCAAUUUAAACAUGCAAUUUUGUGGCUAGUGACUAAGUGUUCUUAUACACAUCAAAAGGACUUUGCACACGAAGGAAGCACUGUCAUAUUUACUGAAAAAUGUCCUAGUCCAUGUAGUGCCAUACAAAGUAUCUGAGGGAAAACACUUCUAAAUGUGUACUGUUUUUUUAUAAAUUCUUUACUAUGA